CCCAUGGGUGUUUCUCAAUGGAAAAUAUGAGUCCCACCCACCUUCCUUAUAUACAUACAGGGGCUGUAGCUUGAAAAAGAGCGCAGCGCAGCCAGGACAAGGCGUCUAGCGAACCAAAAACCAUAAACCAUGAGCUAUCCAGGAUACCCUCCUCAAGCCGGUGGCUACCCACCCCAAGCCGGUGGCUACCCACCCCAAGCCGGAGGCUACCCACCCCAAGCCGGAGGCUACCCACCCCAAGCCGGAGGCUACCCACCCCAAGCCGGAGGCUACCCACCCCAGGCAGGCGGCUAUCCCCCUCAAGCAGGGGGUUACCCCCCUCAGGCUGGAGGUUACCCCCCUCAGGCUGGUGGCUAUCCUCCACAGCCUGGAGCUGGAGGGUACCCAGCCAUGCCCCCGGCAGGUAGUUGGGGAGGUGGUACUGGUUUCCCCACCAUAGGUGUUGAUAAUCUGUCCAACCCUGGAUUCAACGCAGGCAAUCUUCCAGGCAUGGCCAACCAGAUCUCAUCAUCCAUGGGGGGCUUUAACCCCAACCCUGCCAUGUUCACCUCUGGUGGGUACCCCCAACAUUCCCCCCAGCUCCCUAACCAACAGCCCCAUGGCCUGUACCCACAGCCAGGUGGGCAGAUGCCCCAGACUCAAGGCCCAGGCAUGGGCUACCCAGGCCAGCCCAUGCCUGGCUACCCACAGGCACCCUCACCCAACCCCUCCAUGCCUGGUUACGGAGGAGGACCAGCGCCUAACCAGCCCAUGCCAGGGUACCCUCGUGCCCCGUCGCCCAACCCGUCCAUGCCAGGAUAUGGAGGUGGAGCCAUGCCCGUCGCUCCUGCCAUCAACAGAGGAUUCCGGGGAAGCAUCAAGGAUUAUCCAGGAGCAGACCCACUGAGAGAUGUGGAGGUUCUGAGGAAAGCCAUGAAGGGCUUUGGUACUGAUGAACAGGCCAUCAUAGAGCUGCUAGGAAGUCGCUCCAACAGACAGCGUGUUCCCAUGCUCAUGGCCUUCAAAACCUCCUACGGAAAGGAUCUGGUUAAGGAUCUUAAGUCCGAGCUGUCAGGGAACUUUGAGAAGCUGGUGCUGGCCAUGUUGAAGACUCCAUCCCAGCUUGAUGCAUACGAACUGAAGGAAGCCAUUAAGGGCGCAGGGACAGACGAGGCCUGUCUGAUAGAGAUCCUGUCCUCUCGCUCCAAUGCAGAGAUCAGAGAGCUCAACCAGGUCUACAAGACAGAGUAUAAGAAGUCUCUGGAAGAUGCCAUCAGUGGGGACACCUCAGGACAUUUCCGUAGACUCCUCAUCUCUCUGGCCCAGGGUAAUCGAGAUGAAAGAGAGACGGUGGACAUCUCUGUAGCUAAACAAGAUGCUCAGGCACUGUAUGCUGCUGGGGAGAACAAGGUGGGAACUGAUGAGUCCAAGUUCAACGCCAUCCUGUGUUCUAGGAGCAAACCCCACCUCAGAGCAGUGUUCCAUGAGUACCAGCAGAUGUGUGGCAGAGACCUAGAGAAGAGCAUCGACAGAGAAAUGUCUGGAGACCUGGAGAGUGGAAUGGUGGCCGUGGUCAAGUGUAUUAAGAACACACCUGCCUACUUUGCAGAGAGACUCUACAAGUCCAUGAAGGGGGCCGGGACCAAAGACAAAACCCUGAUUCGGAUCAUGGUGACACGUUCUGAGGUGGACAUGCUGGAUAUCCGUCAGGAAUACGUCAAGAACUACGGCAAGUCGCUCUACACAGACAUCUCUGGAGACACCUCAGGGGACUAUAAGAAACUGCUGUUAAAGCUGUGUGGAGGGAGCGACUAGAGGGACCAUGUCAGCUCUCUACGGGAUCUCCUCCACACUAUAUCCAUUUACCCACUGGCCUAUUAUAUAAUCAUUAUCAUAAUAUAUGCCAUUCUGCCAAUCUGUCAGACUGUCUGUCUAUGCAUGCACCACAAUCAGCAGUUCUGCAUGCCAUGCCAUCCAUUCUUUCAAUGCAACUGUUGUCACAUGUUAUGAUAUGAGAACAUCAUGUCCUAAAGCUGUUCCUUUUCUAUAUUUUUAUGAGCAACAAAGUAUAUAUUUUUCAAUAAGUUUUCCUUUGAUUGGUGUUAUAUCUUAGUCGAUCAAAAUGCCCUUAAAGGUACAAUGUGCAACAUGGAUUAGAUUUGGAAUUUAAAUCAAUAUAUAUAUAUUUUUUAAAGAUAUAUUUUAUUUUAACCAGCCUGUGCCAAUAUUUUGCGUAUCUAAUUGUACAAGUUAAUUCAGUACUAAUUGAUUUAGCUGAGCAAUGUUGAAUACGUUUCUCUGAUAAGAAUAAUUAGCAGCUAAAAUACCAAAGUGGUCAGUUUAUAUUUAAGCAAUAAUGCCUGAGUGGGUGUGGUAUAUGGCCAAUAUACCACGGCUAAGGGAUGUUGUUAAGCAGUACCUGGAUACAGCCCUUGGUAUAUUGUCCAUAUACCACAAACCCCUGAGGUGUCUUAUUGCUAUUAUAAACUGGUUACCAACGUAAUUAGAGCAGUGAAAAUAAAUGUUUUGUCAUACCCGUGGUAUACGGUCUGAUAUACCACGUCUGUCAGCCAAUCUGCAUUCAGGGCUUGAACCGCCCAGUUUAUAAUUGUGUUUAUAUGGUGUGUGUACACUAUCACUGUUGUUUACUUUCCUUUACACUCACUCAUGUGUUUUCUGCUGUUUGCUACAAGCGCAAGUUUCAAGUUUUUAAUGGUGCACAAGUACAGUGAAAUGUAUUUUUCUUUGAGCAUAUCUGUCAAUAUAACUCCAAACGUAAACCUCAUUGCAUCACAAUUCAGUAACGGUGCUCUGAUGAUGACUAUAUCUGAAAAUAAAUGUUGAGAAACACGGC